AUGCGUUCUUCUUUAAGCACAUGGACUCUUUUCCUAUCCUUCCUAGGAUGUAGUGCAGCUGCUCCAACAGUACCUAUUCUCCCUCACCACCUGAUUGCGCGGGACACCCCUUUCAACAGCAGUCUUCCAAAUAUCACCAUUUUCGCUACUGGAGGCACUAUUGCCGGCUCUGCUGCCUCAAACACUGCGACCACGGGAUACACCGCUGGUGCACUUGGUGUCGACAUCCUUAUCCAAGCUGUGCCUGCGCUCUGGAACAUCUCAAACGUCAAAGGUGUCCAGGUCGCUAAUGUUGAUUCGGGCUCCAUCACCCCCGAAAUUCUCCUGAACUUGACAUCGCUGAUCCAAGAGGCUCUGGACGAUCCAUAUUGCCAGGGAGCCGUUGUCACUCAUGGAACAGAUACUUUGGAGGAAUCGGCGUUCUUCCUCGACAUGACUAUCAAGUCGGAGAAGCCUGUCGUCGUGGUGGGUGCUAUGCGACCGGCAACAGCUAUCAGCGCUGAUGGACCCAUGAACCUGCUGGAAGCUGUCACUCUUGCGGGAAGCCCUGAGGCACGUGGCCGUGGUGCCAUGGUUGUGCUGAACGACCGUAUCGGGAGCGCCUUUUACAUGACGAAAACGCAUUCAAAUUCCCUAGAUACUUUCAAGGCAACCGAACAAGGCUACCUGGGCUUCUUCCUGGAUACCAAGCCGCUGUUCUACUAUCCUCCAGUCUUGCCUAUCGGCCAAGCGUACUUCAACGUCUCGGGGGCAACUGAAUUGCCGGAAGUGGACAUCCUAUUCGGACACCAAGUACUCAACCCCAAGCUGGCUCGCUCUGCAGUAGAGAGUGGAGCAAAAGGUUUAGUCUUGGCUGGUAUGGGUGCUGGAGGCUGGACAUCGGCGGGAACAAAUGAGAUUGAGAAGUUGGUUGAGGAAUACGGCACGCAAGUCGUGGUUUCCAGCAGGACAAUGGGUGGCUUUGUCCAGACAGACAGCACUGGAAAUAUGUACGGUGGACAGGACUUGAACCCACAGAAGGCUCGUAUAAUGCUGCAACUUGCUCUUUAUGCAGGAUACGGCUCUCAGCAGCUCGCAACAUUGUUCGGGUUUGCAUCUUGA